GACUGGCCGUGGCACCGGGCUCGACCUCCUCAAGCGGACCACACACUGACCGCAGCCGGGCCCGGGAUCGAACCUGCUAUGCCCGUGUUCACUGGACACCAUGGGGCCAUUCCACACUUCAGGCAUCACAGGAAUACAGCACACUAUUAACAUGGACGGCAGGGACGAAUACCCCGAAGACAGUGAAUGCUGCAGCAACAACUCCCGGGAGGUCCAAGGGCAGGAUAGCAUCACAGAAGACAGCGAUAGUGACCUCGACAACCUCGGGGAAGACUCGUCCUCCAACACCUCCGCUGACGACCACAUGUCCACCAACAGAACACCGUGCCGCCUCCAAGGAGCGGGGGUCAAAGAGGAGAGUGAGGACGGGACCGAGCACAUCAGCACCUUUGUGUGUCCUCUCUGCCCGCUGGACUUCAGCAGCCCUGAGAAACUCAUCUCCCAUGUCUACCAGCACACGGCCAUGAUGAGCAACACCAAGAGCUACGUGUGCCCGGUGUGUGGGCGAGCCCUGAGUUCGCCUGGCUCACUCGGACGGCAUCUUCUCAUCCAUUCCGAGGACCGCCUCUCCAACUGUGCUGUCUGCGGCGCACACUUCACAGACAUCAACAACUUUAACAGGGAGAAGCUUAAAGACGUCCUCGAAACCAACCGGAUGGAUGUCAGUGGUGGAAGGGACUGCUCCAUGUCCCCGUCCCUCUCCAGCAGCCCCAUGGACAGCCCCGGCUCCGGCUCUCGCUCCUGCCACGGACCAGGCCCCAGCCCCAGUUCAUGUCAGGGUCCGAACCCCAACUUAUGUCAAGCCCAUAGCACCUGCCAGGGACAAGGCCACAUCUCCAGCCAGUGCCAAGGCCCCAGGUCCUGUCACGGCCUGGGUUCUGGGUCGUGCUCGGGCUCGGACCAAGGAUCCGCCUUUCCCUCGCUGCCCGACAGUCUCCUCUCCGAAGGGCCGUCACUGGCAUCUAUCCCCGAUGCGCUUAACUCCUCUUCCUCAGGCCUUCCUCCCAUCCCCGACAUAAUGAGCCCCAUGCCGGUGUAUCCUGCAGGCGUGCUGCUGGUGUGCAACAGCUGCGUCGCCUAUCAGCAGUUGCUGGAGGCCCAGUCGCCGAUGCGGAAAUGGGCUCUGCGGAGGAAGAACGAGCCCGUGGAGGCUCGCAUGCACCGUCUGGAGCGCGAGCGCACGGCGAAGAAGAACAAGCGGGCGUGCGAGACGGACGAGGAGAAGGAGAUGAGGAGGCUGCGGGACCGCGAGGCCAAGCGCAUGCAGCGGAUGCAGGAGAGCGAGGAGCAGAGGUCGCGCCGGCUGCAGAGGGACAGGGAGGCCAUGCGUUUGAAGAGGGCCAACGAGACGCCGGACAAGAGGCAGACCAGGCUGAUCCGUGAGCGGGAGGCCAAGAGGAUCAAGCGACGGCUGGAGAAGAUCGACCCGGCUCUGAGGACCCAGAUAGAGCACGAUCCCGCCGCCAUGGCCGCGCUCACAGCCGACAUGAGUCUCUUUCAGUUCCCCUGCCCCAUGCCGGUCCCUUCCAUCGACAACGGCCUGUUCAUGAAACUACCCUGAUCCCACCAGGCCUCUGGGGGGGGGAGGGGUUUAUGACAAACUGGCUCCUGAACAGCAUCAUUAACCUCUGCACUCCACCCACAUGCUGUCGUGGUCACAGCAAAAACCAUUCCUCGCUGGUUGACUCCCAGCGUCUUCUGUGUCGAACAGAUUCACAAACUAUGUUGAAUACAGUAAAAAAAAAACUACAUCAGUUUCUAAUUUAUUACAGUGGAGAAAACCUUGCAAACAGGGUUGAGAAUGUUUCAUAUCGGAUGGAUGAUGACAUAAAAGCAUGUUGUAAAGAGAUUUAUCUUUUUUCUGUGGACUCUCAGAUUUAACACAGUUCAUUCUAGUAGGAGCAGUUGUACUUACUUCCUUUGAGGGAAAAAUUUUAAAAAAGUCUUUUGCACAUGGACCUUCAGUAAAGGGCCCGGGGGCUCUGUAGCCCCGGCCCCCUCCUCUCUGGUCCACUCCGCCAGCCCAGUGACUCGGGUUUACCGGUAGCUACACCUCUCUCUUCAAGCUGCCACCGAGGGUCCCUGGGAAGUUCACAUUCAGUCAAAACUACUACCUCAGCCGGCGCCGUGGUGGCGCCCUUUGUCCUGUGGCUUACCGCGCUCCCACUCCAAGCUUCCAAAGCUCUACAUGUACUGUUCACUACGACAGAGGACGGGUUGUUUUACCCCAGUUUGUGUUUGCAUGGAUCACUCAGGCACUUUAAUAGGACACAAACAUUCACAGGGACGAGCAACUGAUGUACAGAAACACACCAGUGCUACACAAACUUCUUAGGGUUGAUGAUAAUGUUUAACAGACACACUCUGAAUGUUUUGUCCUAUUGAACUCGCCCAGUGUCGAGCAACAUUCCCCCUCAUCUCCCGAGUUGUACAUUUACUUCUUUACAUUCUCUUUGCCAAUAUUUGUUUUUUUUCUUUACGCUGUUAAACUUUUCGCCAGUGUCAUAAAUAAUUUUGACUUUCUGUUACAGAGGAUUUCUCUGGCAUUCAGAAACCGCUGCUGUUCUUGUACUGUACAAUACAUUAGUUACCUCUUGUGUAUUUCGGGCUCAUCACUCACAUUAAGGAGUAUUGUGCUUAAAUGUUCUGUUAAAGUGGAACAGCACCGGAACACGUUACUUGAACUCUGCCCAUAAAGAUGCAUUUGUUUUCCUGAUGAGGGAUAAAUGACGAUAUGAAAGUGGGUUAUUACUCUGUCGAGGAAGAUACACAGAUGAUGCAACCGCUGCAUUCACGUGCUGCGGUACCUUCAAAAUGUCUGAACAGAACCACUUUCAUUAUAUUUCCUCUGUCUGCAGAAACACAUCAGUUGAAUCACGAUAGGUGGGAAUUAUUUUAACCUCACGUUCCAAUUUUAAUUUUUUAUUUAGCCAUCUGCUACCGAGCACUGAGGCUAAAUCCAAGUCCGUUCUGGGAGAGAGAUUUUAUUCGUCGGUAUUCAUUAACCUCAUUCCAGCACAUAUUUAUGCAAUAUGAUGUGAAUAUAUUUUUCUUGUGGAAAUAUUUGGGUUGCUUUGUUUGCGUCAAGUGGUAUAAAAUUCUUUUCAUGAAUGUGUUGAAUUAGAGGCUAUGUUUGGAUGAUCCCGUGUUUUAAUAUCCUGCCUGUAAAGUUACCUCCAGCUUGUCUUGACUUCACCUCAGCAGAUGCAAACGUUCAUAGCUUCGGAUAUGAAUGUUUGUGAAACACUCUUCUAUAAUUAUCAGAGACGGGGGACGAGUGCUGGUCCUGUUUGAGUCACUCCUAGACCAGAGUCCCUCGACCUGGCGGCUUGUUACUGAAAAAGUAUCGAAUGACGAAGAAAUGAAAUUGGGAUUUUUUUCUUCCGUCUCAUCCUCAGAGACUCUUCUAGGAGUGCAUCAAACCUCUAUGCAACAGAUGUGUUAUUUAUCCAAGGGAAAUUAAGUCACUUUUCCCUGAAACUAUGCAGAAUGCGACUUUGAUUUAAACACACUUCAAUGUUAAAGAGUUUAGCUUCUCAGGCAAUUUAACUCAGUGAGAGGGUUCAGAGCCUCGACGCAACACCCUGGUCCACGAGAAUCAUUUCAAGGUCGAUCAUACGAUGUGACGGAGACGGGUUCUGGAGACAGUCGCCCUCCGGAGAUGGGUUUCCUCUCUGCGGUUCAGCACAUGAAAGCAACAGGGUCUCACUGCCAUCCUGCUCAUGACACUCUGCACCGAGGGGAGAUCAGUGUUCUCGACGGGUGUCUCUUCUCUCAGACUGAAUUCUGGGUAUUCUGCGAGGUUGCUCUUGGAAACUGCUGUGAUCCCUUUUGUCCCACAGCAGCAGAAUAACGGGACAGGAAACGUCAGCGUUCGAAAUAUUCACACUAAGGGAAAGUACAAGGAACCCGGGAGUGACGUUGGUCUUUUUACAAGCAGUCUGCUCCGUCUGGAUUAAAUAAGCACUGCAUGUCGUGAAACUGCACUUGUCCUAGAAUGGUUCGAUAUGAGCUUGUGUUCUUCUGUUAGUUUAUGCCUGCCUGUUUUUUACAGUUAAGUCAAAAGAACAAUGUUGUUGAUGACGUUGGCCUUUCUAUAGUAAUUCUAUCAGGAUUUUCUCUCGAUGUCCAUGUUUACAGAACAAAUCUCGCUGAACAAGGCCAAAUGAAUGAGCUAAACUGCAAAUGAGAACAUUCACGCUCGCUGUGAUAUCAAUGCAUUCUGACUGGAUGGGCCUCUGGGGGCGCCAUCCUCUGUUACUGGAUUAACAGAUGUACAGACCACGAUGAAACAUGGUGAAGAAUGUGGAAAUAAACAUCAUCUUUACUACAA